GAGGGGACAUGUGACUGACCCCGCGACCAGGGCGAGAGGACGUAGGGUAAUCGGGUUCCAACGGGGUCAGAUCGGCAACCUUGGGCCUCUGGAGCAGCGACGUGUGUGGCUGGUACACAGAAGCGAUCCACACCUCGGACCUGGGAGAUCCGGAAAGGGAGUCCUUCAGGAUACCGUCAAAAGAAAGUUCUCCAAAACAAAGUGCCUGAAGCAAAGGAUGGCACUGGCCUUGAUCCACCCUAGCAAGCGUGCAUACUCUUUGGCUCCUCUGAAUCUGAAGGAGGAGCUUCAGGGAUUCAAAGUUCAAGGAAACAGAAAAGGCCUUGGGCAGGAGCCAUUGAGCAAACAGUUCAGGCAGCUGCGCUAUGAGGAAAGCACUGGACCUCGAGAGGUUUUACGCCGACUCAGGGAGCUCUGCAGACAGUGGCUGCAGCCUGAGACCCGCAGCAAGGAGCAGAUCCUGGAGCUGCUGGUGCUGGAGCAGUUCCUGACCAUCCUGCCAAGAGAUCUGCUGGUCCAGGUGCUUGAGCACCACCCAGAGACUGGGGAGGACCUGGUGGGAAUACUGGAAGAUUUGCAGCGAGACCGUGGAGAAGCAGGACAACAGAAGGAUCCAACCCAAGGAUGCAGACAGACUGUGCUAGUUGGAGGGACAGCCCCUCACAAAGAAGCACAGCAGCAGCCGGUCCUGCCUGAGCAUGAGGUGCAGAAGCCUGAAAAGGAGACGGGUAAGGAAACAAGGAAUUAUAAUAGGAAGCUCAUUGUAGUGGCAGACGCUUCUGGAAGAAUAGAAUCAGCUUAUACAACAUCUGAAUUCAUUGAAGCCCACUGUGAAGACUUGCACUUGGAAAAGCAACCUGCCAUGCCCAAGGAGAAAACUAGCAGCCAAUGCUUGGAAACUAAGGAGAGACUUGUUCAGCACUCAGACCUGACUGAACAUGAAGGGGCACAUGCAGGAGAAAAGUCUUGUGAAUCUGUAGUGUGUCAGAGUUCUGAUCCUACUGAACAUCCAGAAGUCCUCUCCAAAGAGAAAGGUCACCUCUGCCAUGAGUGUGGAAAAGUCUUUCAGAGGAGUUCACACCUCAUCAGACAUCAGAAAAUCCACCUUGGUGAGAAGCCUUACAAGUGCAAAGAGUGUGGAAAAGUCUUUAGCCAGAAUGCAGGUCUUCUGGAGCAUCUCAGAAUCCAUACUGGAGAAAAGCCCUAUCUGUGUAUCUAUUGUGGAAAGAACUUUAGGCGAAGCUCUCAUCUUAAUCGACACCAAAAAAUUCACAAUCAGGAGGAGCCCUGUGAAUGCAAGGAUUGUGGGAAAGUCUUUAGUAAGGCCCUGCUUCUCACCCACCAUCAGAAAAUCCACGGUCGCUUCAAAAGACAUCAUUGUAAUGAGUGUGGGAAAGCCUUCAAUUUGACUUCAGACCUUAUUCGACAUCACAGGAUUCACACUGGAGAAAAACCUUUCAAAUGUAAAGUAUGUCAGAAAGCCUUCCGACUAAACUCACACCUAGAUCAGCAUGUCAGAAUCCACAAUGAAGAAAAACCCUACCAGUGUAGUGAAUGCAAAGAAGCCUUCAGGCAGAAGUCAGGUCUCUUCCAGCAUCAGAGACAUCACCACAAAAAAAAAGUGGCUUGACGAGGUUCUCUGAGAUUUCAGAAUGUUACUUAGACAAGCAAGCAAUGCUUUGUAAAAAGUCACCAUGGCAUCAGAAUUCUUGGAGGCCAUAUUGGAAGCCAUUUGCCUCCAUUGCUUCCCUCUCCUUUGUUUUACUUAAAGCCAUAAUUAGACUAUAAUAAUUUCACUUUAGAUGGUGAAAUUGGAGUUAAGCAAUUCUUCACUACAGGACGUCUCAGAGCUUUUAAUGUGAUAAGUACAAGAUUAUUUAUCUCUAAGUAAUAGCCUUGUAUAUGAAUGAAAUCUUUUAAAUCAACAAGUCAAGUGCCUACAGAUUUAUAAAGAAUGAGAGCAAACUGAUAUAUUUGCAAGUACUAAAGUGACAGGCUCCUGUAAAAUAAGACUAAUGAGGGUUGGGGAGGUGGCUCAGUGGUUAAACCGAUUGCUAUGCAAGUGUAAGGACAAUGUUUUAGAUCCCCAGCACCCAUGUAGAAGUCAGAUGGGUAUAGUAGCCCACCUGUGGCCCACCCCUCAGGAGGCAGAAAUGGGAUCUUUAGAGCAAGCGACUAGCCAGACCAGCUAUAUCAACAAACUCUGGAUUCAGGUAGUGGAAUUUGGAGAACAGUUGUUGGUAUGAUCAAGGAAGACUCCUAAUGUUAAUCUAAGUGCACAUGCACCCAUACACAUGCAAACAUCACACAUGAAAAAGAAAAUCCGAAGGGGCAUGAGUGAUGACUCAGCAGUCAACACUCUGCUCUUUCAGAGGAUCCAUCCAUUUUCAGUUCCUAGCAUCUAUAUAGCAGUCCACAACCAUCUGUAACUCCAGUUCUGGGGAAUCCGAUACCCUCUUCUGGCCUCCUCAGACUCCUGUACACAAAUGGUUCACACAUGCUCACACAGGUGCACACAUACACAAAAAGAAAGGAAAAGGUUAAAAAAAUUAAGCCCCAAAUAAAUCUACUACUGCUUGGAAAUACACAUUCUCAAAAGUCUAAAAUAGGCUAGCUAAACAUUUUCCCUACGAGUUUCACCCACAUGGUGGCCUUAUGUCCACUUUACCCAUGAACCGUCAGUUAAUACACUUCAGAAAGUGUAUUCAGAAACUUGCUGUAUAACUAUGGAACCUGCCUCUCUUGGAUUAGCUCAUUUCGUUUUACAUUUCCUACCUGUUUGAAUCACAGUAUCACAUUGUUUAAGUUACAAAUCAGAGUUUUCCUUAAACUAUGCAGGAGACUAUAAGUCAUUUGAAUAACCUGUGUUGAAUCUAAGCAGCAACUUUCUUAUGUGGCAGCUCCAGUGCCAUUACAGUGACUGCUUGAAAAACACUUUUUAAUGAAUGUCCCUUGGGGAAAAAUGACUUUUUCUCUUUGAUACCAAUGAUGCAAAUUUUAAAUGAUAGUUAUUUUGAAAUAAUUUUGACCAUUAAAAUCAGCUUGGCAAGAUGAUUGUGGUCAUUUUGUCACAUUGAUGCUAAUGAUGAAAAUAAGUGGAGGAGUCUUCCCAGGCACAUUACCAGAGUGGUUGGUAGACAUUGCCUCUGAGUUUGGAAUAGCACAGGCUAUAGUUCUCCAAGAAAAAGGCUUCUUAAGUUAUGCCACUCUGGGAAGACAGAUGGACCCUUGUAGUGAUUACAACUUGGUUUCACUCCACUUGGCUUGCAAAUAUUUUUCUUGUCCAAUAGAAAAGGCUGGUGCCAAAGAUGAUCCAUGGUAUCCCUACAGUCUGAAUCUCUGGCCUUUUGGCUCCAUCAUAGUGCAUGCCAUCAGUUAUUAAGGCCAUAAAAAGAGGUUCUUCUUGGCUCAGUAAGCCUCCUUUGAGCAGCUUUCCCCAAAUUUGCAUAUGUAUCUUAGGCCAAAACUAACAGGAAGCAGGAGAGGGUCUUGCUUUGUGCAGAACUAAAGGGAUGAAAGGAAUGAUAGAUGUCAGAAUUGCACCUAGCAGUCCUUGGCCUGUCUGACUGACUAAGCUGACUAGAAGCAAUGAAACCAUUUUCUGUAGGGAAACCUAAUGUGUACGAGAAGUACACAUUUGAGACACUGAAAACCAUGCAAAGUCAAUUCUUUUACUUAUAAGCUAAAACUAUUUUUUUCUUCAGCCAUUACAAACAAAAUUAAGUUGAUAUCAUGAGUACUUGUCCCAAAUAACUUGAGUGCCAUACUGAGACCAAUUUAAAACAGAUUCUUUUCAGUUUAAUAAGGAAGCAUAUAGAUAGAAUAUCUUGUUCUUAAUGGAAAAAUUUAAAAUUUGAAGCCCUAUGUACUCUGAAAUACUUGGAUAUUUGAUCUAGGCUUUCUCCAUGAUGACUAAGUCAGGCAUUUCUCUUUGGGUAGUAUCCUGCCUUUAAUAUCCAAAUACAGAGUGUAAUAGAAGACUGUGUGUCACCACCCAUUCAGUUCUCCCAAUUAUAGAAGAUAAAUGCAAUUAUAUGAUUUGCCACUACAGACAGGAUAUAAGCCAAUAGGAAAGGGAGGGGGAAGUAACAGUCUAUGUCAUAUCUUUAAAUUAGUAAUUAGUUUACCUUCUGCCUCACCUCCCCCUCCCCCCCAUGCUGGGAUUAAAGGUGUACACUAUCAUGCCCAGCACUAAGAAUUGUAAUAGAAGUUUGUAUUGUAUUUUUAAGUAACUUUAUAGAUACAUGUCUUUUAAAUUAUUUGGGGGGGGGUCUGUGUAGACCAGAGUUGUUAGAUCUCCCUGGGAGGGGAGCUAGAAUUACAGGCAAUGAACUGCACAGUGUGGGUGCUGGGGAUUGAACUCUGGUUUUGUGCAAGAGUAAUAUGUUCUACUAAGUCAUCUCUCCAGCCCUAUAAUAAUAGUAGUAAUAUAAUACAACCAAAAAAAAAACCCCUUGAAGCUGGCAUUGUGUUGACUAGGAGAUUGAAGCAGGGGGGCCACUUCAGUUCAAGCCCAGCCUGAGCUACAUAUUAAGACUGUAUUUCAAAACACAAUCCAUCAUUAAGAAUAUAUCUCAGUGGUCGAGCAUUUGUGCAGCAUGUGCAUGGGCUGGGUUAGGCCCCAGCACCACCAAGAUAAAAGUCUUAGCAUAUAAUGAAUCUCCUUUUGUUUGCCUCUUAUGUCCAUGCAAAAACCUGCAUGUCAGUAUCUAUGACACUUUUGUAUUUCCUAAACCUCAGAAGAAAGCUAGCUGUCCUUCAGUAAAUAGAGCCUAUUUAAGAACAUGCUUUAUAUUUCUACUGCUGAACAUCUUUUUACAUGCUGGUUAAUCAUUUAUCACUGGUUUGUGUGAAAGUGAAGAUCUUUUUCUGGCUUUUCUAUUAACAUUCCUUUUACUCCUAAACAGCAUGGCCUUUAAAAGUUAGAGAACUAUCAAACUUUUAAUUGUACAUUACUUUUUGUCAGUUUCUGUGUGCUGUAUUUACCCAACAAAUAUAUUUAAAACGUUGUAAAAACAUAAUUUAAUUAUUGAUAGUAUAAAGAGAAUACUUUCCUAUGAAAAUAUUGAUAUUAACAGUACUAUCUGUAAAGAGUUAUAAAGUUUCAAAGGGAUUUUUGAAUAAAAUUAAAGCUUUAAAAAGAA